GUCUCCUGAAAGACACUUUGCUUUCAACAAACAGUACCAUUGUUUUGAAAAUCUGUAGCCUGUAAAGUUGACUGCAUUGGGCUUGGUGUUCAAAUGUGAAAAGAUGAGAAUUCAAACUGGCUGGCUUAUCUGAAACCAUCAUUUGCAGCAAAGCAAAGGAAUGUAUUCUUCAUCCUUCUUGCUUCGGAUUUUCAAGUUGCAUGAACGGAACUGGCCUUGCAUUGUUACACUAUGUGGUGAUCUGAAAACAAAGGAUCUUGCUCAAUGAGGACCAAAGCUGUAAGCAACACUCGCAACGGGAGAAGAAAAGCAAACUUAAAAAAGGGUUCUGAUGCUGAGCAGGAUGCUGCUAUCAAACUUGCCAAAGAACGAGCUGACAUAGUUGCCAAGUAUGACAGAGGCCGUGAAGGUGUGCAGAUUGAGCCUUGGGAAGAUGCAGACUACCACCUUUACAAAGUUACUGACAGAUUUGGUUUCCUGCACCAAGAGGAGCUACCUGUCCAUGAUGCAGCAACAGAGAGGCAAAAGCAGCUUGAAAUUGAAAGAACUACAAAAUGGCUGAAGAUGUUGAAAAGCUGGGAGAAAUACAAGAACACAGAAAAGUUUCAUAGGAGAAUAUAUAAAGGAAUUCCACUGCAGCUGAGAGGUGAAGUCUGGUCUUUGUUGCUUGAUGUCCCUAAAAUGAAAGAAGAAAUGAAAGACUAUUAUAAUACCUUAAAAACCCAAGCAAGAGGUACCUCGCCAGAUAUCAGGCAGAUUGACCUUGAUGUAAAUCGGACAUACCGGGAUCAUAUCAUGUUUAGAGACCGAUAUGGAGUUAAACAACAAGCUUUAUUCCAUGUUUUAGCUGCAUAUUCUGUGUAUAAUACGGAAGUUGGAUAUUGUCAGGGAAUGAGCCACAUCACAGCUUUACUUCUUAUGUACAUGAAUGAAGAAGAUGCCUUCUGGGCCCUGGUGAAACUCUUCUCAGGACCCAAGCAUGCAAUGCAUGGUUUUUAUAUUCCGGGUUUUCCCAAGCUGUUGAGAUUUCAAGAGCAUCAUGAGAAAAUAAUGAAGAAAUUUUUGUCUAAGCUUAAGCAGCAUUUUGACUCCCAGGAAGUCAACACUACGUUUUACACAAUGAAAUGGUUUUUCCAGUGUUUCCUUGACCGUACUCCCUUUACGUUAACCCUCAGGAUCUGGGAUAUCUACAUACUUGAAGGAGAACGGGUUCUCACUGCGAUGUCUUAUACCAUUUUGAAACUGCACAGAAAACACCUGAUGAAAUUGCAAAUGGAAGAACUCGUGCAAUUUCUUCAGGAGACCCUCGCCAAAGAUUUCUUCUUUGAAGAUGACUUCGUAAUAGAUCAGCUCCAGAGUUCCAUGGCGGAGCUGAAACGAGCAAAGUUGGACCUGCCAGCAGCAGGUAAAGAUGACGAACUUCCAAAGAAGUUGGGGAAAGUUCCGCCCGAAUCUCAGCCUGCCAUGCUUAAUCUUACUCAUCUGGUCAAUGGGCAGAGCGGCACUAGUGCAGCAAGCAAUGGCCGGGCUAGCCAGAGGGGAGGACGCAGAGCAUCUAUAGAGAGAGGCCAGGAAAGCUCGCCAGGCCACCGGAGGAGAAAGGAUUCGCUGGAAAGGAGACAGCAAAAGCCCGCGACGGCUAAUGUGCGGAGUGGGUUGUUAAAGCAUGACUUGGAGAGCCCCAGGAAAAAACCUGAAGUUCAGCCAGAGUCUGACUCCAAGCAAAAUUAUAAUGCAUCUGCUAACCAAAAUUCCAACGCUACUUUAAAUACAGGAAAGGAAUUUGUGCCCAGGUGGAUUAAGCCUUCGGACGUCAAAAUCAUCGAAAAGACUGCAAAGCUGACCAUGGAGAUCAAGAUUCGAUCUGCAAACCAUGCCAGUUCGGGAAUGCCACCGAGUCCCGGGCCUGAGGGACAGGCAUUCAAUGUGAAGCAAAAGAUCAGGGCUUUGGAUGUCGAUGAGGGUAAGCGAGAGUCAAAUGCGUCGCAGUAUGACAAUGUGCCUGGUGGUGACCCAGACAACGACAAUUCUGUGGAAGAGGUGCUAGAAAGGGCAAUCCUGCAAAGUCCGAGGAACACAACUUACUCCCUCGGUUCAAGGAAGUCGACAGAGAAAACAUCUAGUCCACCAAAAAUAUCCAACAGUUAUGCCUUCAGCUCCCAACCAAGAGCCCCCAGAUUCUCUUCCCAGUCUGAUGGGGCAGAUAUUGGACAUAACUUCAAGCCGCCGCCACCCUCUUACAGUAACCCACCUGUUUACCAUGGAAAUUCCCCAAAGCAUGUUACCAACAUGGUUCAUUCCAGCUUCGUAGCCACACAGUAUAAUUACGGGAAUCGAACCGGCUCUCCCAGCCGGCCAUACAUCCCUGAACUUCCAACAGAGAUGUUUACUGAUAGACCACAUAGAAAUUAUGCUGUCAACCACCAACAUGUGGUCGUGACUCCUUCUAGUCGAAUUGAAGUCCUCCCAGUUGAAACUUAUGCAAGCAAACCUAAAUCGCCCAAUGCCACCAGAUUUGUAAUCCCCCCAGCAGAUUAUUUGCCAGACAGUAGAAAGUGGCCUGAUCCUUACACACAGUCCUGGAGCCAAGAUGGUAGCCGAAGCCACUUGGCUAACUUGAGGAGAUACCCGCCUUUUCAAUCGACACCUGUUAAAGAACAUAAUCUCUCCACCAUUUCAGUGGAUAGCCCUAUAAGAUACAGGACUUCCCCACCCUCUGAAGAGCUCGGCUUGCCACACUAUCAGUAUUCUAGUUCCCCAAGCCCUGCACACCACUACAGACACCAGACUGACGGGUUGUCCAUGCAUGAAUCAGUCCUGCUUUGAGAAACGACACGUGCUCACCUGAAAGACCAGGGGAGGAGCAUGCAAUGGUUGCACGUCUGGGGUUGGUGGUCAUGCAAGAUUCAUGAUCUUCAUACAGGACAAUUCAGAUAAAGGCAUAUGCAAACUGACACUAUUUCACAGCUCUGUUAAAUGUUGACGAAAGCUGAAAGUGAGCAUUGAAAACGGACGAAAAGGUUGGAUUCUCAUAAACAUAGCAAUAGGUUUGUAUGUUCAGCGUGACGACUAUGGUGGUUGUUUGUUACAUUCGUGUAGCUAAUUGAGCAAAUGACCUUGUUGCCUAAAACCUCAGUAAGCUGCUUUUUGACCUGACACUACAAUUGAUUGUGUGUUCACGUGUGGCAGCAGAAUUACAGAGUCUAAAAUGGAGGCGUGUGUAUUCAUGGACUGCAUCCAAAGUACAUUUUAUUUCUUUUUCUUUUUUUCUUUUCUUUUUUGGUUAACUUAAUUUAUAAACCACCCCAUUCACUUGGGAUGGGGGUUUCUUGACAUUCUUCUAUACAUUGUCUCAGUAACCCAGGAGUGAGCAUUCUGGGUUAUCCAGAGCAGAGAUGCUACUGCCUAUGGCUCACAUAGAAAGGAGAAGGUUUGACACCCAAAGCAAAGGCAUUCUGAUACAGCAAAUAAAUGGUGCUUAUUCUAUCA